UCAUAAUAUUGUCAAUCAAAAAUAUUUUUAUUCUGAGCAUUUCGCAACAAAAACCUCUGAAAAUUAUUUACAAAACAAAAUACAUUUAAAAAUAAUCAAUUUGUGUAUUUUUUAUAUUAAGCUGAAAACAUUAACAUUAUUGAUAGACGUGGAUUAACUUUAAUGCAGCUUGAUGAGAUCCGGGGACAAUGAGUAGCCAGCACCAGUAUAUGAGUGUGAACAACACACCAAGUGCACGCAUCGGGGACAUUGAACACAUUAGCCACCUGUCGGAACACAUAGGCUCCUUGUGCCUGUCGUCUGAGUACUCCGAUGUGACCCUUAUAGUAGAGGGGCAGCGGAUCCCCGCCCACAAGGUCAUCCUGGCCGCCAGCAGCGACUACUUCAGGGCGCUGCUGUAUGGCGGCAUGAGGGAGACCAAUCAGGCGGAGGUGGAACUGCAAGCGCCCCUCCAAGCUUUCAAGGCCCUUCUGCGAUAUGUGUACUCAGGUCAUAUGGGUCUAUCGAUGCUGCGAGAAGACACAGUGCUUGACAUGCUGGGCCUGGCACAUCAGUUCAAUUUCCAGGAGUUGGAGACCGCCAUAUCUGACUACCUGAGGCAGGUGCUCGCUCUCAGGAAUGUCUGCUCCGUGCUUGAUGCUGCUAGACUGUAUGGGCUGAAGGCUCUAAUGGACUACUGCUACAACUUCUUAGACAAGAACGCUAUCGACGUGUUGCAGCAUGACACUUUCUUGCAACUGUCUGUUGAAGCUCUACAGGGCCUCUUAGAACGCGACUCAUUCUUCGCGCCAGAAGUCGACAUAUUCAAGGCGGUCUGCAACUGGUUCAAUGCUAACCAGCUAUGGGUCAAGUCUGAAGCUGGGCAGGCGCAAAUCGAAAAAAUAUUGAAAUGCGUCCGCCUAACACUGAUGACGCUGGAGGAGUUACUGACAGUGGUGCGGCCGUUCUCGUUGGUCACUCCUGAUAUGUUGCUCGACGCCAUACAGGAGAAGACGCAGACCAAGAGUACUGAACUAAGGCACCGAGGCCUUCUCUUACCGGAGGAGAACGUGGCGACACCAAAACGCGGUGCUCGCGUGAUCUCAGGCGACAUGCGGUCCGCAUUGUUGGACGGCGACACCGAGACGUACGACAUGGAGCGCGGCUACACGCGCCACACCAUCACGGACGCGGCCGACAACCCCGGCAUCAUCGUGCGCCUCGCCACCGCCACCAUCCUCAACUACAUACGCCUGCUGCUCUGGGACAGGGACAACCGAUCAUACGCGUAUUACAUCGAGGUGUCGGUGGACCAGAAGGACUGGGUGCGAGUGAUCGACCACAGCAACUACUUCUGCCGCUCCUGGCAGAACCUGUACUUCGAGCCGCGCGUCGUGCAGUACAUCAAGCUCGUCGGCACCAGUAAUACUGUUAACAAGGUGUUCCACGCGGUGGCGCUGGAGGCGCGGCACACGUGGCGCGUGCCCCCGCUGCGCGGCGGCCUGGUGGAGCCGCUGCACAACGUCGCCACCGUCGACCUCUCCGCCGUCGUCAUCGAGGGGAUCAGUCGUUCCCGCAACGCCCUAAUCAACGGCGACACGGAGAACUACGACUGGGACCAAGGCUACACGUGUCACCAGCUCGGCUCGGGCGCCAUCGUGGUACAACUAGCGCAGCCCUACCUGCUCUCCUCUAUACGAAUGCUCUUGUGGGACUGCGACUACCGUCACUAUUCGUACUAUGUGGAGACUUCGCUUAACAACUGGGAUUGGGAGAUGGUCUGUGACCGUACUAGGGAGUCUUGCAGAUCUUGGCAAGUGAUAUACUUUAAGCCGCGGCCAGUGUCCAUCAUUCGCAUCGUUGGUACAAACAACUCUGUCAAUGAGGUGUUCCACCUGGUCCACCUGGAGUGCCCGGCGCAGGUGGAGGACGCGCGCGACGACCCCGCCGCCAAGAAGCAGCGCCCCGCGCACGACAACGCACUCAACCCCGCCGGCAACGUAUCGGUAUCCCAGCCGGGCCUGCAGGGGCUGCGGGGCCCGCGGGUGCCGGCGCGGCAGUGGGCGGCGCGGGCGGCGCGGGCGGCGGGGCCGGGUCCCCCGCCGCGUCGCGCGCCAGUAGCAGCUCGUCGGAGCGCUCCUGUCGCCGCGGCCUGCCGCCCGCAGAGACCGCCACCGAGGCCGAGGAGAGGUAUGAUCAUUGAGCGCGCCACCAGCCCCGUACCGUUCUACCUACUCUACUACUUACAACACUCAGAACGAAAUCGACUCACUUAAAGACACCGUUACAUUUUUGAUUGUGUCUACCUAUGUUCACGUAACAGUGUGUCGCUACUAUACGUGUUUAUGUCUGUAUCAAAUAAUAAUUCUCUUCAUAUCGAAUAUGUGAAUGUAGAAUUUAGGUUGGUUACCAUGAGUCCUCGUAUAAUACAGUAGUUUAACUCCAGUUUUCUUUGUAAUUAGGGGCUGAUGUAUAAAGGUGGCUAUGUAGUGUUAGCGGGGUUGCAUAUCAUGUCUAAAGGCAGACAAUGGUACUAAAACAUAAGUUUUAAUAUGAGAUAUUAAACAUCGCCGUAUUAAAAUUGUAAAUGUAUCCAUUGAUUAACAGUUGUUUUUCUGGACGGCUGUCAAGCAAUGUUAUGUAAUGAUAAUAUUAUUUAUUCAACGAAUUAUUGUACUGAACAAAUUAGGUUGGAUACAUGUUUUUAUGAUUUAACUUUGUACUGAAUUAAACCGUCUAUAAAUAUCAGAAACAGAUGUCAAAUAGAGUGAGGACUUGAAAUUAAUGUGUAGAUGUAGAGAAUUUUUAUUAUAAAAACUUUGCAUACGUCUGUAGGUUUUUUUUAACAUAGUGUGAUGAUUUUUUGAACAUAUUCUAAUGAUCUAAGAAACUCAGUAAGUGUUAACUCCUGUUCUUGUUAACUUCCUUGAUGGUUCAUAACGUAAUCGUAAGCUUACACUAUGUGACUAUAAAGGAGGUAUCAAGAAAAGUUCUUUAUCAUGCAUAUUACCAUAGGAAUAUUGUUACCUGUAAAUAUUCGUUUGUAUAAGUUGCAAUUUUAUGUUUAGGGACAUAGAAUGUUAUUUGCUUUGACAUUGUAAUAUUGGCAAAACAACAGAGAUAUAAGUAUCUAGUAUUUAAGCUUGCAUAAUAUUUCUAGUCUGUUUUCUGUCAGGACCUUCAGUCGAGGUACAUUUGAAUACUGUAAAAGUUUUAAUGAAGUGUUUUUGUGCUGCAAACAUGUUAAGGGUAUAAAAUGAAAAUAGGUACUUACAGUGGUAAUUUUUUCCUUCUUUAAGCGUGGUACCCAAGAGAGUGAAUACUCUCUAACCUAUAGAUCUUACGCCAAAUAAAGUAUUAGUUUUUUCUUCUUGUGCCUUGUGGCGUAUACGCGUUAAAGUAGAUAUAGUGUUAAUAACAAAUUAGUUUAGCUUUGCUUCUUAAGUUAUAGCGCAGACUGUUAUUUUAUUUAUAUAAAGCUUUAUGUUACUCUUUGCUCGUUUGUGCCUUUAUCUUAUUUGCUUUGGUCACAAAUAUGGUAUAACUUUUAGCGCGAUUUCUAAUCAUGGUUUUCUAUGAUUUUUAGAAUUGCGAUUGGGUCUUAUCUAUUACUUACUACUAGUGGAGAUGAAACAAAUGUCUUGAAUAUCGAUUAGCAUGAUUCAUUAAAUAUUACUUGUGACAUUAAUACAUAACAUUUUUUACUCCAUAUUUUAAUUGAUCUGUCCCGACAGAUUGUAGUGUUGAAGGUAACUCCUGAGUUAUCUUGAUUACCAUCAUUGUAUUACUCUUAAUAAAAAAUAUUGUAGGUUUUUUUUACUAUUUGAAAACAGUUGGAUUUUAUUAACUAAAUUUUUCUAUUAUAGGAUGUUGCUGAUAUUAGUGCAAUUAUGUGUAACUAGCGUUUUGAGAAUAAGUGUCGACAUUUCAAUUCAAUUCAAUUUCUGUUGAAAUUCAUCCCCUAAAUUUGUUCAUACAAAAGUAGUUUCUAAACAUUGGAAAUAAGGUCUAUAAUGUAGUUAGUGGAGAGCGGUCACCGGUGACCGCUUGGGGAUGUAUGGGGUAAGCAGUUUCUUCAGUUCUUGUACCAAAUACUUAAAUCGGACAUUUUACUGCAUAAGCUGAUUACACAUAAUUGCAUUAAUUACUAUAAAUCGGUUCGGUAUUUCGGAUGUCGUAACUGGUUACUGGUUGUCUAUCAAAAGAGGGAUGGAGGGAAAACAUUAAAAAAUUUUGUAAGGGCUUCCUAUUUUUUAUUUUCAAUUUGAUAGUCUGGUUAGCUAGAGACAUUUUAUGUAGACCUAAAGAAACUUGCUAUUUUGAACACACAUGUUACAUUUGUAGCAGUAUGACCACAGGCUGAUGAUAGUGUUGAUGUAACAUUUGUAUCCCUAACUUUAAAUCCCUGUUUUGGCAGUCCCAGUAACACAAGAUUCACUGUGAUAAUGGUUUGAACCUAUUGGUUUAAAGAUUUUAGACUAAGGUGAAUUGGUAUGCUAGCUGAGUAAUACUUAAGUGAUUGUAGUUGUAAGGCAGAGACUAUGGAGCUUAUAAUAAUGUUUAAUAAAAAUAUCAAAUAUCAUUUCGGUUUUAUUAUUUAAGUUUGCAACUAUGCAAUUUCUUACUUAUGUAAGCUACAUAUUUAUUUAAGGUUGUUUACAAUAAAGUGAGACAAGUUUUAUCA